UGAAUUGAGAUUCCACAGAGAGAGAUAGAGAUAGAGAGAGAACGUCUGGUAGGGAAUCGGGAUCGUCCCACCAGCUCCCUCCACACAGUCCACACACAGAGACGACGACCGGAAACCACGACGACGACGACGGCGAUCGGACCCUGGGCUACUGAGAUGACAUCAUCAUCGGGCGUUGGUGGAAGGUACAUGGCUUACUCGCCCUUGCCGUCGGCCCCUCUCUCUCCUCACCUCUCCGGCCUUCGGUCCGUCUCCUCGUCCGCCGCUCUCGUCGCCGAGCAAGAAAAAUACCUGUCUGAGCUAUUCGGGGAGCGUCAGAAGCUCGGUCCAUUCCUGCCUGUGCUGCCAAAUUGCUGCAGGUUGUUGAACCAAGAAAUAUUGCGUGUAACUACACUGUUGGGGAAUGCAUCAGUUUUAGGUCAAAGUGGACUUGAACAUGCUAGCCCCCUGGCUUCUGGAGGAAUGUUUUCAAAUGGAGGUGCCGAUAUGAACGGAUGGGCAUCACGGUUUCAAUCAGAAAUGUCAAGUUUAUUACAGCCCUCAUCAACACAAAAUUGGCUUAGUCCUCAAAGUAGCUCAUCUGGUCUAAUUGUUAAGCGGACAAUCAGAGUGGAUAUUCCCGUUGACAAAUAUCCUAAUUAUAACUUUGUUGGGCGGUUGCUAGGUCCUAGGGGUAACUCGCUUAAGCGAGUGGAAGCAACUACUGAGUGCCGUGUUCUGAUCAGGGGCCGUGGUAGCAUAAAGGAUCCAGCCAGGGAAGAUAUGAUGAGAGGUAAACCGGGGUAUGAACAUUUGAAUGAACCUCUUCAUAUACUAGUGGAGGCAGAACUACCAGUUGAAAUUGUUGAUGCUCGUUUAUUACAAGCGCGUGAAGUACUUGAAGAUCUGCUCAGGCCUGUGGAUGAAUCUCAAGAUUUCUAUAAGAAGCAGCAGUUGCGAGAGUUGGCAAUGCUCAAUGGUACACUUCGUGAUGAGGGUUCUCCCAUGUCUGGUUCUGUGUCACCCUUCAACAACAGUCUUGGUGGUAUGAAGAGGGCAAAGACCAGGGGGUAGUGGAUUCUCAUUAUUGGAGAGCUCUUGGAGCUUCUUUGUUAGUUUCUGCGAGUAAACAACAGUUCUCGCGCCACAGAUGUUGCUGUGUCAGCCAAUCCUCCAACUGCCAUCGGGGCACUGGCAACUCCAUUGUGUGCCGGUUCUAACUUGUUUCUAUAUGAAGUGUGUGUACCUACUGUUCAAGAGAGGUUAACGUAUCGCAUAGAAAGAGGACAGUUUGAUUUCAGGGGGUUUGCUUUGUAUGUUGCACUAAACAGUUUGGUCAGAGCAUUAGCUCUCCUAGGCUGUUGAAAAAACUAUUAUAAGUGUGUGAUGGCAGUUUUGUUGUGGUCAUGGGUUUAUGUGGACAAGUUAAGGAUGGUUUGUAUAUGAGUAGUGAGGCGAAAAAUAUGGUCUAACGCUGUUUUAUGGAUUGGAGUAUGGUGUACUAUUUUAGAUUGCAUUCUGUAGUAAUUAAAAAGCUUUCUUGAUGGUGUUCUGGGCAAGGUUGAUUCGUA